AUGGUGUCCGAAAUCCACGUCAUCUCCAAGCGGGAUCUUUCUAAGCAUGAGACCCUCGCCAUUGACCUUCCAAUGCCCCAGUUGGCCGCCUACUCCAUCCGCAUCCGCACAUCACUAAUUGGCAUUACAUCUAACAACUACACUUACGCAAAGAUGGGCGACAUACUGCAGUGGUGGAGCACAUGGCCAGUCCCUUUGGAUGCGCCGGCUCCGUAUAACAACCAGGCCGAGUGGGGCAUUGUUCCGGCAUGGGGUUUCGCAAGGGUGCUCGAGUCAACCAUUGACGCCAUCCCGGCCGGCGGCUUGAUGUACGGGUACUGGCCCACCUCCUCUCACCCUAUCGAUAUGAAGCUCGAGCCAGCCGAACCCAAGGGCCAUUUUCGCGAGAUCAGCGAGCACAGGCAAAAGUUGGGAACCAUGUACAACCACUACAACCUCAUCGAUGAGUCGGCGCAGUCGGAUGAGUUUAGGGCGUGGUUCGCCAACGUCUACCCCGUCUGGAAUGGCGGCUACGUUAUGAACCGUUUUACCUACCCAACUGAUUUUAAGCCGAUCCAUCCAUUAGGCAACGGAGCCGGGGAAUGGACCGACAAGGAUGGUGAUUUGAGCUCGGCCGUGGUUGUGAGUCUAUCCGCAGCAAGUAGGACGGCAAGGUCCUUCACGUGGAACAUGGCUCGCAAGCGCAAGCCGACAAAUGGGCCGCUGGCUCUCCUACAGGCUACGUCUGUGCCGCAAACCUUGAAGCCUGCGCCUGAGGCUAGUUUUGAAAUCAAAGCAGUCAACUACGACAAUCUCAUUUCAGAGGAAGUCAAGGACUGGAUCGCCAAGUUUCAACCAAAGCGCGUUGUUGUCGCGGAUUUCGGAGGGCCGCCCAAAGUAACUGAGAAGUUGCGAGAGUCUAUCAAAGCAACGCUCCCGGGGUCAACGGUCAUUAGUAGCCUUCUGGUGGGAGGUGAGCCAAAAGUCUUAUCGCCAGAUGAGGUCCUGGCAAAAACGGACUCACAGAAGAAAUGGGGUACCGUCCAGCUCAAUACGACGGCUGUUAUUGACGCCGGAAUUGCCGCCGAGGGCGCGAAGAAUUAUUUUCAGGAAGCCGCCUCCGCUUUCGAGCAGUCUCUGAAUGAGAAGGUUGUAGGAGAUCUCGAGCUGGCUUGGGGAAGCGGAGUCGGGGGCGCGAAUGGAAUUGAGAAAGCAUGGGAGGGUAUCAUACAGGGGACCUUAUCGUACAACAAGGCCUGGGUAUUCCGAUUGGAUUAA